AUGCAAUCUCGUUCCUCGUCCUUGUAUCAUCACGGAAAGAAAUUGUUCUUGCUUUCAUCAUCACCAGUGCUAUCAUCAAAUGUGAUACUGGGAAAUAACAUGGUUCAUUCUAGAAAUUCCCUUGCAGCUAUUAAACAAAAUGAAUACAAAUUAUUAUUAUUGAAUAAUCAUCAACAACAACAACACCGUUUUUAUGCCGAUGAAGCAGCCGAGGAGGAAGAAGAUGAAGAAACAAAACUCAGAAGACAACUUGAAAAUCUUCCAAAACCAAAAAUUGACCCACUUUUAAUUCCCCGAAGAAGAAGAGGAAUCACUAUGGAAUCGUUUUUGAAGAAUAUUGGCAAGGGAUGUGAGGAACAUAUUGAUAAAUUCAAAUCAUGGGAAGACUUGUUUACAUCCAAAUCUCUCAAAUUGAAGGCAAAGGAAAUUCCAGUGGCUCAACGUCGUUGGAUUUUGAAAUGGUUGGAAAGAUACAGAAAGGGAGAAGUUCCAGGAUUCCCACAAACAUAUUUGAAGUAA